GGACUUUCAAGCGCUUGGAAGAGGUGCCGCCGGGAAGUUAACGUUGCAACAUGCCUCACGGAAUUUAUCGUCUUUUCAUAUUGAUUUAUCUGCUAACCGUCGCGUGCGAAGUCACCCGUCAGCAGCCACUUGAGCAACCGGACGUAACGCAGCCCGACACGGAUAAGGAACCAAUACCGUCGAUCUAUAACACACCACCACAACCGCCGGUGAAGAUCUUACGCGAAACCAGCCCCAUCACGGAAAGGGAAAGCAUGAAGGUGUCCGACGAAUUGCAGCAGUCAGCGUCGUACACCUACAGCUACUACCGGCCGGUGUAUUAUCCUGGCGUAUACUAUUCGUACUAUCCAAGGUAUCGGUGGUAUAGUCCCUACUAUUACUCCAACUGGUGGUAUUACUGAUGAGAUGGAUGCUUGAAGGUCAUUUACAAAUGAAGCAAUGAUAUUCAUAACAGAGCAUAGAAUAUGAACGGAAACGGACCACAACGCACAUUCAAAUUGCGUCAUUAGGAACAAGAUUGCACAUUAGGACAACACAAAAAACAAGAUGGGAAAGAAUCGUAACAGAACAAAUCAAGUGCUGUGUCAAUUUAAGUCAAUAAUAGGCGAUAGAGUAGAAGAACCUAGAAACAACCCUGAAAAACAAUUGGUUUAUUUUUUGCGCGUGUAAUUAAACAAUCAAACCCCAAACGUUCUGGAAUUAGUCUCGUAAAUACGAAAUUAGUUUGAGAAGGUUUGAAAGUAGUUUGAGCCGAUGGAGGCUUUUGAUUGUAAACGAAAACCAAAAAAAAAACAAAAAGACAUCCAUGCGCAUUGUCAACUAGUUGACGAACGUUUGAAAAUAGGAAACAAACACGUGCCGAAGGGCAAUGGAGCGUAGCGUAGAUUUUUUUAGGUGUGUUACUAAUAAAGAGGCACUGAUGCAA